CUCUGGGUUGGCUGAGUCGGUAUUCUCUCCGUGAGGGUGCGGAUAAUAGGCCAGCCCCGUCCCAGUCUGAUGAGGAUGGUGGGUGUGAAGGUGAUCACGAACGACACGGAGUUCCAGCUUGAGCUUAGUGCUGCUGGCUCCCGCCUGGUCGUGGUGAAGUUCACUAUGCGGGGGCUUCCUGCCGCGACCUCGUUUCCAUUAAGGCGGAAGAGAGAGAGCUGGGCCUGACCCGCUGAGAAGUCGCCCUGUUAUCUGGCCUUGCUGCUCCUGCCCUGGUAUGGAGUUGAGGAGGCUUUUCGGGGCCUAGAGAACGUCUGGGGACCUUGAGAGGGUUUGGGUAUCUUUGUUUAUUUGUGAGUUACCAAGACUUUGGCUUCUGAUAAAAGAUGCUGAAGCUAUACCCAUUAGAUGGAAAAUAUGAAAUUAAUAGAUGAAGCUAAUCAUGUGAUAUUGAAGUUGUCUGAUGAAAGUGGGAAUUAACACUUCGUGAUGUGUUUCUAAAUGUUAUUCUUAAUUGUAUCACCAGGAUUGCUCACUAUCCAUCAGCCAGAUGUGGCCCUUGUUUAAGGAUAGCUUCAGCUUUCAGUUCUCUGAGUAACAAAUAUCCCCAGGCAACUUUUUUGGAAGUUGAUGUGCAUCAAUGCCAGGGAACAGCUGCUACCAAUAAUAUAUCAGCAACACCAACGUUUCUCUUUUUCCGGAACAAAAUGCGAAUUGACCAGUAUCAAGGAGCAGAUGCUGUAGGUUUAGAAGAAAAAAUCAAGCAGCACCUGGAGAAUGAUCCUGGCAACAGUGAAGAUACAGACAUCCCAAAAGGAUAUAUGGAUUUAAUGCCAUUUAUCAAUAAAACUGGCUGUGAAUGUCUUAACGAGAGUGAUGAGCAUGGAUUUGACAAUUGUUUACGUAAAGACUCUACCUACUUGGAAUCAGACUGUGAUGAGCAGCUGCUAAUUACUAUAGCUUUUAGUCAACCGGUCAAGCUUUAUUCUAUGAAACUUCAGGGGCCAGAUAACGGGCAAGGUCCAAAGUACAUUAAAAUCUUUAUCAACCUUCCUCGAUCUAUGGAUUUUGAGGAAGCAGAAAGAAGUGAACCAACUCAAGCUCUGGAGCUGACACCAGAUGAUAUUAAAGAAGAUGGUAUUGUCCAGCUUCGCUAUGUAAAAUUUCAGAAUGUUAACAGUGUAACUUUGUUUGUCCAAUCCAAUCAUGCUGAUGAAGAAACAACAAGAAUUACGUACUUUACAUUUAUUGGAACUCCAGUCCAAGCAACAAAUAUGAAUGACUUCAAGCGAUUGGCAAAAAAGGAGAGAGCCACUAGGACACAGAAGACACUGGAAGGCCUUAUUGCAAUCAAAGAUCUUCACUUUUAUCUGCAACUCCUGGAUAGGUGCUUGACCAUAACCAGGGACUGUCAAUCUGUUUAAUUUAAUGCCAUUACCAAUAAAUCAUUGCUUUUGUUGACAUAGAUUACAAUAUAUACACACUAGGGAAACUUCCUACACAUGUUUGUAAAUAAAAUUCAUUACUUCUUCCAAGUUUACAUAUUCUAGGAAUUGUGCCUCUUCCUUUGUUCCAUUUAAAUGUCAGAAUUUGACUGGCUUAUUUUUAGAAACAAAAGACAGAAUGUAGCUUACAUUUGUUCAGAGAGUUUAAAAAGUCAAAAUUAAAACAUCAAUAGCCUUCAGACAUAAUCUAAAAAUAAAAUCUAAGCUACUUUCCUAUAAGAACAAGUGAAAACUUGGGAUCAUUCUUCCCACAAACUACAGAUACUUUUCAUAUAGGAGUAACUUUACCUGUUUGGGAAAUUUCCAUUUCCCUCCCAACCUCAGAAAACAAAGGAGAAAGCAUAUUUUUAGUGACCAUUCCAUUAACUUGAAGAUUUGUCAUAAAUGGCCUCCUGAUAUUAGCUGUUUGGCACUGAGAAUUUGUGUGUCUUAUUGAAAGUGUUUAGGUUUUUCAAUAUUACUAGAAAAUGCUGACCUGGUUUCCCAGACAGAGUAGCAUGCUGUGCAGUUAGAUAGAUGUUUGUGCACCCCACCUGAAUGUAAAUUCUUUAUUUAUUGUGUGAGUUUUCUCUCUGGAGCUUGAUAAGAAAUGUUUACUGCAAAUAUCAAUUUUGCAUAUUAGUUGGAAUUCCUAUACUACUUUGGUAAAUUUUCUUAGAAUUGUGCCAUAAGCAUUGAUCACCACCACAUACCAAGAAUAUUGUGUAAAUUCCCAGUAGAACUUGCUUAAGUAUUUUAAUUGGCAUAAUUAAUUAAUUUGUAAAGUUAAAUUUGUUACAUUUCUAAUUGGCAUAAAUCCCACUAAGGUUUAAAUCCUGUCUCAAUUGUCAUUCCUUCCUGUUAGCAGGUAUUUGCUCCAAACAGAAAAUGACAUUGUCUAGAGAAGCCUCUGAGAGGUGGGCUUUUUUUUUCCCCCUGUAUCACUUCCUUCUCCCUGGUAUUUCUCUACUUCCUUCUCCCUGGUGUAUUUCUCUACAGUCCACAGCAUGUGAUGAUGACUCAGUUUCUUUUGUACCUCCUUCAGGGGGAGGGGUGAGGUGUAAGGUAUGUGAUGCACAGAAUAGAACUGAAGGCAAUGUGAAUAACUUCCUGUUAAUAAUUUUGUAUGCUAGUUACCUUUUGUGGGUUCUUAAGUGCCUCAUCUUAAAUAUGGCUUACCUCAUAUUUAUACCUGAGAGAUUUGAUAAUCACUACAUUAUCUUUGUAAAAGAUUAGUCAAAUAUAUAGGAUUUGAGACUU